CCGAAUCUCCCUCGACACACCCGCCCCUCGCCCGUCUCUUAGCAGGAAGUGGAGUCGGCCGUCGUUUCCUGCCGUUCCGCAAUUCAGAUUCGUUUGACCCCGCAGGGCGAGCCACUCCAGGGGAAGUGCUCCUCCCUUGGGCGCUUAGAGCCUUUAGAGCGCAUCCCUCUUGGAAACGUAAAACCUCCUCAGAGCUUCUGCUCUGGCUCCGCGGGACUCCAGCGUCUCAAGUUUCAUAGGCGGACAGAGUAGAUCUCCACGGGAGAGGAAAAUCAACAUGGCCGACGCUCCUGUGUGACCAAAACGUUCUGGAAGAUUCUCGCGCACUCGCAGAAAAACACGCAGCAGUCGGCGCGGAUUAGCAAGUGCAGCCCAGGUGGCGCUGGACCUUCGGUGAAAAUAGCUAUAUUUUGAGAGAGUGUUUCAGGCUGCAUGUACCAAGUAGUUCAGACGAUUGGCUCGGAUGGAAAAAAUCUUCUGCAGUUACUUCCAAUUCCCAAUUCCUCUGGAAAUCUUAUACCACUAGUUCAAUCUCCAGUCAUGUCUGAUGCUUUGAAAGGGAAUACAGGAAACCCAGUUCAAGUUACUUUUCAGACUCAGAUUUCCAGCUCUUCCACAAGUACAUCAGUUCAAUUGCCCAUUUUUCAGCCAGCCAGUUCUUCAAACUGUUUUCUUACAAGAACAGUAGAUACAGCAGAAAAAGUUAGAGUUACUUCUGUGGGAACUGAAAAUUUUACCUCAUCAGUCUCUAAAGUUCAGAGUCAUGGUGUGAAAAUUGAUGGACUCACCAUGCAAACAUUUGCUGUUUCUCCCUCCUCAACACAAAAUGAUUCAUCUUAUAUUUUAGUAAAUACUCAGAGUCUUCCAAUGACUGUGAAGUCUCCAGUUUUGCCUUCUGGGCAUCAUUUACAGAUUCCAGCCCAUGCUGAAGUGAAAUCUGUACCAGCGUCAUCAUUGCCUCCUUCAGUUCAGCAAAAGAUACUUGCAACUGCAACCACAAGUACCUCAGGAACAGUUGAGGCCUCCCAAAUACCAUCUGUUAUUUAUGUAUCUCCUGUAAAUACAGUGAAAAAUGUAGUGACCAAGAACUUUCAAAACAUUUACCCAAAACCUGUUACAGAAAUAGCAAAGCCAGUGAUCUUAAAUACCACACAAAUUCCAAUGAAUAUUGCUAAAGAGACACAAUUAAAAGGUGGUCAGCAUUCUCAAGCUGCUCCAGUGAAAUGGAUUUUUCAAGAAAAUCUACAGCCUUGCACUCCAUCUCUUGUUCCUGUUAAGUCUUCAAAUAAUGUGGCUUCAAAGAUUUUAAAAACUUUUGUAGAUAGGAAAAAUUUGGGAGAUAAUACUAUAAAUAUGCCACCAUUGAGUACCGUCAGUCCUAGUGGGACACAAUCCAAAAGUAUGCCUAUUAAAGAUAAUGCUUUGGUUAUGUUUAAUGGGAAAGUCUAUCUAUUGGCUAAAAAGGGGACAGAUGUUUUGCCAUCACAAAUUGACCAACAGAAUUCUGUUUCUCCUGAUAUUCCACCAAGAAAAGAUACAUCACAGAUAGUGAGUUCAAGUCCAGUCACAGAAAUAUCCAGAGAGGUUGUAAAUUUUGUUUUGGCUAAAAGUAAAUCUUCCCAGAUGGAGACAAAAUCACUUUCAAAUACCCAGCUUGCUUCCAUGGCCAAUCUAAGGGCAGAGAAGAAUAAAAAAGUGGAGAAACCAUCUCUUUCUAUCCCAAACCCACAUAAUAUGAACCAGUCCAUUAACUACUUAAAACAGAGUAAGACUGUAUUCACAAAGCCAGAUUUUCCAGGUGGAUUUAGUACAGGACAGAAUGCCCCCAGAGAAGGAAAUAUCAUCCAGAGCAUAGAGAAAAUAAGUUCCUCUGUUGAUGCAACAACUGUUACUUCACAACAGUGUGUUUUCAGAGACCGAGAACCAAAGAUCCAGUGUGAGAUGGCAUCAACAUUAGAAAAAAUUACUCAAGAAAGAAAUGACAAGAAAAAUUCUCAAGGGAGAAGCAAUAAGGCAUCAUAUCUGAAGAAUGAUGCUGAAUUUAAAAAGAUAUUUGGUCUUACUAAAGAUCUGAGAGUGUGCCUUACUCGGAUUCCUGACCAUUUGGGCUCUGGAGAAGGUUUUGAUUCCUUUAGCAGUUUGGUGAAGAGUGAUACUUACAAAAAGACAGAGUUUAUAGUGAAGGAGGAAGAGAGAAAACAGCAGGGUUUUGAUAAGAAAAGAAAAGCAAAAACCGUUAAGAAGAUGGAUCACACAAAGAAGAGAAAAACUGAGAGUGCUUAUAACACAGCUGUAAAUGGAGGAAUUAAUGUCAUCAGUUCCCAAGUCGUUAGCAGUAUUUUACCAACUUCAGAUGUAUCACGCCGUAACAUUCUCACAAGCUGCAACAAAACCAGAGAAGAAAAGAGAACUGAGAUGGAACACUGUACCCGUGAGAACCAGGAGAAAGGCACAUUGAGUUCAAAUGCAGCUUUUGAACAAAGUCAUUCCUUUAAUAAAAGUUAUACUGAAGAUGUUUUCCCCAUGACACCACCAGAGUUGGAAGAAACCAUUCGAGAUGAAAAAAUAAGAAGACUUAAGCAGGUGCUGAGAGAGAAAGAAGCAGCUCUUGAAGAAAUGCGUAAGAAGAUGCAGCAAAAAUAAUAAAAUGUUGCUAUACUUAAAGACUUCAGUGAAAUAACUGUUUUUUCCAUAUACUUUUGCAUUAAGUUAUAGACACAUUCUGAAAGUGUUUUGAAUAUGAAAUUUGUUUUUUCAUUAAUUGAUUAUAAAAUUUUAUUUAAGGAAUACAGAAAAGGUUGAUUCAUAUAUGACUCUUGUGAAUAAUUUACAUGGGGUAUCUGAAUCUUUGUCUAGAUACUUUUUUGGAAAGAAAAAUUUUCUAUUUUUCUGUUAUUUUAACUAGAAUUCCCCAAGUUUGAAUAUUUGUGCUGAGUUUUUGUUAUUGUUUGUAUCUUUGGCUAAAUUGCUCAGGUGUUAUUUCAACAAUAGAUAAUUAUUGUGUACUGUUGAAAUUUUACAAUCCAAGAAAUCAGCUCUGAAUUUAGCUUUGCCAAUGAGCUUGUGUAUGUACUCACUUAAUCUCUUUAUCCAUGAAAUGAUGAUACCUUCUACUUGUAAAUUUUUAAUUUUAUGAAAGAAAAAUGUAUUAUAGCAGCAUUACUUCAAAAUUCAAACAUUUCUCAAGAGUGAGGGACACUUGUUUUGUAACUUUUAUGAAGUAAGUUUCAUAUAAUCCAAAAUGGGUUUUAGAAUUCAGGCUAUAUAAUGUAUUGUUUGGUUAAAGUGGUAUGUUAUUAUUCCUAGGCAAAUGCUUCUUUUUCUUUUUGAAUGUGUACAUAUGUGACUUAGAUUGUGUGAAAAGUAAAUCUGAACAAUGGCCAUAUUUAAUACUUUUUAAAAUUGUAAAGUGUAGUUUUUCUUAUUAGAGGCAAACACUUUUCCAUCUGGUUAUCUUUGAUUUGGAGAGUUUGGGAGUGGUGUGGGGAUAGGGAUUAAGGGGAAGGAGGAAAAGGUUAUUAAAAAAAUGAUUAACAAAGUCCUAGAAGUAAGAUCAAAUAAAACCUGUACCUUGGCAACAAAAGAGAAAACAGUCAGAAAAUCAGUCAGAGGGAGUUGAACAAAUGCAAACUGACCAUCAACUAGAUUCUCUUGCCUUGUUUUUUUGUGUAACAGCUUUAUUGAGGUAAUUCACAUAUAAAAUUCACCCUUUGAAUGUGUACAAUUCACUGGUUUUUAUUCACAGAGUUGUGCAACCAUCAACAUGAUCUAACUUUAGAACAUUUUCAUCAACCCCCCAAAAACCUCAUACCCAUUAGCAGUAGCUCCCCAGACCCUCCAUCCCCCAGUCUUAGACAAUCACUAAUACACUUUCUGUCUCUCUGCCACUUGUAGAUAUUUGUACGCAUAGAAUGAAUCAUUCAAUAUAUUUUCUUUUGUGACUGGUUUCUUUCACUUAAUGUUUUCAAGGUUCAUUCAUGCUGUAGUGUGUAUUAGUAAGUAAUUCUUUUUUAACUGCCCUAUAAUAAUUCAUUGUAUGGAUAUACCACACUUUGUUUAUCUGUUCAUCUGUUUAUGGACAUUUAGGUUGUUUACACUUUUGGGUACUAGGAUGUUACGUUGCUAUGAGUGUUUGGGUACCACUUUUUGUGUGGACAUGUUUUCAGUUAUCUUGGGUAUAUACCUAGGAGUGUCAUGGCUGGGUCGUAUCCUAACUCUUUCUUCAACAUUUUGAGAAACUGCCAAACUAUUCUAGUCAGGUUUUGUUCCCCCUACUCCACCAAAAUGGAUCUUGUCAAGGACUCCAGUGACUUCCAUGUUGCCAGAUCCGGUGGUCAAUUGUCAGUCUUAAUUUAUCUAUCAGUGGGAACAUAAUGUCAUGAAUCACUACCUCGUUUGAAAAAAUGUUAACAUUUUCUUAUUAAAGAAGCAGUACAUGUACAUUGUAGAAAAAUAGAAAAGACAGCUGAAAUACUAAAAAUUAAAACUUUAUAUUACCAUCAAGCUAAAAUAGUAAAUGUUGGGGCUAGGAGGUAAUUAAAGGCUAUCAGUAAAUAGAUAUUAUUUGAAGUCAUAGGUCUGGAUAACCUGACUUAGGAAGAUAGUAUAAACAGAGAAGAAGAUAAAAUUGUGGGCUCAUAUCUGAGUACAUUUAAACGUUGGGAAAAGGACCAUCUUGAAUGACUUCUGAGGAUUGGAAGAAGAGAAUAUUAAAUGAAUUGUAUUUAUACGUCCUUGAAUAGUGCCUAACACGUAGUAAGCAAUAUAUCAAUGUUUGUUAAAUAAAAUAAAUUCAACUAAAAUCAUCCCAGUAGACAUAUUGCAUCUAUCUUCCAUUUCAUUUUCUUACUUCUUUGUUUCAGCCUACUUUCUCCUUUUGAUUUUUCUGCUUCUUUAUUAAGGCUUUGCUGCUCAUGAAAUCAUCAAACAUCCACAUUUCUUCUGAUAUUGUAUUCCAUGGCACUGAAAUGUGGCUUGAAUUUUUUACAGCAAAAUUUCCAAAAUUUGUCUAUUCUGAUGGUUUCAAACUCCUACCAUCUCAUUUCUGAAAUUCACUCAAAUUAGGGUUUUAUCUUUACCACUCCAUUAAAGCUGUGUUUUUCAAGGUCUCCAACAACUAUCAUAUGGCUAAAUCUAAUGGUCAGUUCUUAGUCUUUACCUUACUUGACCUGUCAGUAGCAUAUGACACUUUUUAUCAGUCUGUCAUUGAAAUCUGUUCUUUGCUCUGCUUCCAAGAUACCAUACUCUCCUGGUUUUCCUACUACCUUAUUGACUGCUCUUGCUCGGUCUCUUUGGCUGACUCUUCCCCUUCUCCAUGAUCUCUUAAUGUUGGAGUUACAGCUCAGUCCUUGUAUGUCUUUUACUUUACGUGUAUACUUAUGUAAUGAUCUCAUCUAGUUCUCAUGGGUCAAAAUACCACCCAUAUUCAGGAUCUCCCCUCUGAACUUCAACAUUGUAUAUCUAACUGCCUUCUUGACACUUCCACUUAUAAGUCUAAUGGGCAUCUCAAAAUCAACACAGGCCAAACCCAGCUUCUGAUUAUCAUCUACACUUGAAAUUUGCUUUAAUCAAGAUCUUCUCUAUCUCAGUUAAUGACAAAUUCAGGCUUCCUCUUAUUCAAGUGGAAACAGUUGAAGUCCACCUUGAUUUCUCUUUUUCUCAUACCCUACAGUGAGUCUGUUAGGAAACUGUCUUGGUUUACACUCAAAUUCUACCUGGGGUCAAACCAUUGUUCACCACCUCUGUUGUGACUAGCUUUCAUUAUUUCUCAUCUGGAUUAUUGAAAUAAACAACUAACUCUCCCUGCUUCCACUAAUGUCCUCCUACAAUCUGUACUUAGCACAAUAACAGAGAUUUUGUUAAAAGUAUAAGUAAGGAGGGGCCAGCCUGGUGGCAUAGUGGUUAAGUUUGGCGUGCUCUGCUUUGGCAGCCCGGGUUCACGGGUUUGUGGGUUUGGAUCCCAGGCGCAGACCUACACCACUCAUCAAGCCAUGCUAUGGUGGCAUCCCACAUACAAAAUAGAGGAAGAUGGGAACAGAUGUUAGCUCAGGGCCACUCUUCCUCAACCAAAAAGAGAAAUAUUGGCAACAGCUCGGGGCCAAUCUUCCUCACCAAAAAAAAAGUAUAAGAAAGGACCAAAAACCCAACAGAAAAACAAGAAAAUGCAGAACAGACAAUUCACCAUUAAAGAUAGAAAAAUGAUCUUCGAACGUGAAAAAUGCUCAAAUUCACUCAAAAUUAGAUAAAUGCAAAUUAAAACUACUCAGAUGCCAUUUCUCAUUAGUUAGACUGGAAGAGGUUUAAGAAUAUGACAACACAUUCUGUUGGCAAGACUGAGGAAAUAGGCAUGUUCACACAUUGCUGCCAGGAAUGCAAGUUGGUACAAUUCUUCCAGAGGGAAAUUUGGCAAUGUCUAACAAAAUUAUGAAUGUAUUUACCUUUCAACCAAUGGGGCCAGCAAUUCUAUUUCUAAGAAUCUAUCCUUGAAGAUAU